AUGGCUGUCCAAAGUGUCUCCCUGCCUGCCGCCCUGGCCUGGUCUCUCCUGGUUGUGCCCCUCUUAAUCGGGCAUGUUGCCGGCGCAAGGAGGCCUUGCGAACAACAGGUCCGCAGCCGCAAGCCGGUCAUUGACUCUUUUCAAUGGUCGGGCUACUGCGUGCCCCUGAUGAUCAUUCUGGGUGGGUGCUGCGGACUCGCCUGGUGCAUCCUCUUCAUUACCUAUGACGUGGGCCAAAGGGCAGAGAAGGAUCUACCACGGAUCAGCAGUAAAGAGGAACACGCAGCCGUGACAACAUUGGGCGACCAGAGGGAAUCGAUCAAAACGCUGUUCCGAGUAGAGAGUAAAAGCCUAAACGUCGGUAUCCCAGACUCGCCUGAAAAUCAAGUCCUAAGCAACUGGACCGGGACCCAUUCCCUGCUGGAAAAUAACGCCGUGAGCGAAAGGCUCGCCCCCUCUUCCCAACUGGAAAACUACGUCUCAGGUGUGAGCACUCGGAGCCCUUCCCGGCUGGAAAAUAAAGCGGCAAGCGAGAAGGUCGGGAGCUUCUCCCACCUGGUAAGGAAGGUCUCCGGCACGGUGACUCAGAGCCCAUCUUGGAUGGAAAAGAACGUCAUACAGGAGAAGGUCGGGAGCCCUUCCCAACUAGACAAUAAAGUCUCAGGCAACAGAAUUGGCAGCUUUUCCCAACUGGAGAAUGAAGUCAUGAACAAAGGGAACGUCGCCCCUUCCCUGUUUGGGGAGAUCGAGGCCCUUUUGCCCAGCCAGGCCGACGAACAGAAUUCCAGCACGUUGUGGGCCUUUGUAGAGAAGGAGCUGGAAAACCUUUUGCUCAAACUGCGCCUUCUCCGGACCACCAAGCCGACACUCCCUGGUGAGGACGCCCCAAACCCUCCGUCCGAGGACGUCCCGAAGCCCCUAGCCGAGGAGAGACCAGCCGCCCCAGCUGAGACGUCGCCAAGCACCUCAGCUGAGGAGUCUCGGAGCCUCCCAGCUGAGACGCCACCAAGUGCCCCAGCGGAGGAGUCUCCGAGCCCCCUGAGGAUGCUGGGGAGUCAUCCUUUCAUGAACUUCAUAUUCUGUGAGAUCCCCAGAAGCAGCAGCCCCACAAGGGGCCGGGGACGAGGCAGGAAAAGGGGCUGUGGCCGAGGGGGCGGCAGCUGUUCCUCCCCCGCGGUUUCCACGCCUUUCCGUGCUCUGCAAGCCAGAAACGCGGGGCCAGGAUGGGGGGCGCACGGCCGGGACCCCCGUAGCUCAGCCCCUGUUCUUCAGAAAACUCUGGAUGAAGCAUUGCCCGUCUCCCUUCACUAUUACCUUCCCCGACCUGAGGCGAGGAGACCUCUCCAAAAGGGUUUGAGCAUUCCUGUAGGCCUGGAAGUUGACAGCAGCCUAGGGUGGGUCCUUGCUUCCUUCGUGGCUUGGGUUGAGCAGUCAGCACCGGAGAGGUGGGCGUCCUCUGGAGCAGCACUGGAGCCCUCGGAAGCGUCCGAAGCGUCAGCGAGGGGACCAGCUGCGGGGAGGGCAGUGUCGUCUCCCUCGGGUGUCUCCCCGAGCAAUGGCCUGCAAGGACCCCAGGACUUGCCGCCCCGCACGGCUGCCCAUCCAGAGUCCAGCAAACCACAGGGGGCCCCAGCCGCUGCCGGCAGAGCCCAGGGGCCGGGGCUCCCUGUCGGUCGCUCCAUCUCCGGCUCGUCCACCUGUUCCUCGCUGGCCGGGUCAUCGCAGGAUUCAGACGAGGUCUUCAGCGAUGCGGAGGAGAAGAGUCCGCUGGAGAAGAGGCGGGUGCUACGGAAGACCAAGUCCUGGAAGACUUUCUUCACGAUGGUGCACUGGUCCCUGCGGAGACGUAGCUCCUGGGUGCAGCUGGCCGGCCAUGAAGGCAACUUCAAGCCCAGUGAAGGGGGCCAGAUCCUGAAGAGGUUCAGCGCGGUGGAAGACGCCUGCCUGUCCCAGCUGAUGUCGGACGUCCUGCGUCCCUUCGUGCCCACCUACCACGGGGUGGUGGACGUGGGCGGCGAAUGCUACAUCCAGAUGGACGACCUGCUGCGUGGCCUCGACACGCCCAGCAUCAUGGACUGCAAGAUGGGCACCAGGACGUACCUGGAGGAUGAACUGUGCCAGGCUCAGCAACGGGCAACGGCACGCCGGGACCUGUACCAGAAGAUGGUGAAGAUCGACCCCCAGGCUCCCACCGCCUUGGAGCACUGCCAGGGCGCCGUCACCAAAGCUCGGUAUAUGCAGUGGCGGGAGGGGAUCAGUUCCAGCGCCUCCCUCGGGUUCCGCAUCGAGGGCAUCACGAUCGAAGGAGGAGCCGUUCAGAAGGAUUUUAAGCAAAUCCGGGGCCAGGAGGAAAUUGUGGACAUUUUCCUGACGUUCACCAAAAGCCGCCUGGAUGUUCUGAGCACGUACCUGGCGCGCCUGAAGAGCAUGCACAAAGCCCUUGAGGAAUCCACCUUCUUCAAGACCCACGAGGUGAUCGGCAGCUCCCUGCUUUUCCUCCACGACCGGAAGGGACAAGCCAGCGUUUGGAUGAUUGACUUUGGCAAGACACUACCCAGUCCUGCAAACUGCCUCCUACACCACGACGUGGCCUGGACCCACGGAAACCAUGAGGACGGCUACUUGAUCGGCCUGCAGCACCUCAUUGAUACCGUGCAGGUGACUCUACAUAAGGCAGCGUUGGUCCCGGCCCACUGCUGAGCGCGCCGGCCCUCCCUCCCAGCGAGGAGAACCAAGAGCCGACAUCGGCAUAGCCUGGGUGGAGGCUGUACUAACCAGGAGGACCAGCCCUCUGCAGAACACUGCCCUGGUGAGAUCCGGCGACCUAGGGUUUACCGAAGCAGCAAAGGUUGUGCACUCGGUGCCCUGUUCAGGACUGGGUUCCAGUUUUUGCAGGACAUGUUGAGAAACGCUGGGGACCCGCGUCACAGCCAGAGGGAACACUAGAAGUGUUUUCUUGACGGCCCACUUUCUGCCAGGAAAGAGCACGCGUGGUGCAGGUGUUGCCAUGAGGGGAAGAUGGAAGAGCGGACGCCAGAACCCAGUUCGACUAAAGUCACCCCUCUACCAACCCCUGGGUCAUUCCUCUCCCUCCGCCUGCUUCUUUUUGCUGAUCCGGUGGGCAUAUUUGGCAUUUCGUUAGCGCCCUGGGUGCUUCCACGAAAGAACUACCGUUUGGGACGUGGUGGUGGGGGGGUGCCCAUUUGCAAAAUGGCUGCCAUGGUGGGCGCGGCCGUUAACGAAACACUCAUUUCCCAGAAGGCCGAGGGGUGAGGCCAAAAGGAAUGCAAGUUGCCCAAGAGACUGAGGCCGAGGUGGGUGGGUGGGGUGAACGCCCACACACAAGUCUUUGCAGCAUGCCGGCUGUUUCCCAGUUAAAAAUAAGAAUUUUAAAAAUCUUCAGAAACACAGCAAUGAAAAAUAAAACUCUGGAGACGGAGUUCGCUAGGCACCAGGAGACGUGUCUGUGGGCAUGUGUUGGAAAUCUCCGUUUUCCAGCAGCCUCUUCUCCGACUUGGUGCCCUCCUGGAGUUUGGACUUCAGCCAGCCUGGCCAGUGCGCAGAAAUGUUCAGAGUUGAAGCCCCAAAUGCUUCAACUUGUGCAGGGCUGCUCCAUAGGCACAGCAGGGUUGUGUGUGUGCUGCCUCCAGUAUUCGAGGAAGUAAGCCUGUGUGCCCCAGUUGCUGCGGAACAUGGGCGGGAGGGUGCUGUUGCAUCAUGUUCUGCUCGUUCAUCCCUGGCCGAUGGCUGGUGGGCCGCUGUGUGAACAGAGUGCUGGACUAGGUGGACCCUGGGUCUGAUCCAGCAUCAGGGCGCUUCUGAUGUUCUUACGUGUGCGUCUCUGUUUGCCUGGAAUCCAGUCACGACUAGUAGUAUGCUGACAUUUUACGCUCUCCAAUAAAAUCCCAUCUGCUCCUGG